GAAUAAUGUGAGUGCGCGCCGAGAGGAGACCUUCGGCUCCGGGCUGGGGCCAGCGCCCGCAGGCUGCCUUCCCCGGGCGCGGGCGCCCGACCCGACCGGCUCCAGGGCGCUGAUCUGUGGAUUCGUUUCCAGUUGGCUGACCUGCAUGGAUGCCAAGUUCUGCACAUGAUUUACGAAUAAGAAGGCAAUGUCAGUGAGAAAAAGGAUCCAGAAUGAUUACUAACCUAUGACUCCCAACAGUAUGACAGAAAAUGGCCUUCCAGCCUGGGACAAACCGAAACACUGUCCAGACCGGGAAGAGGACUGGAAGCUAGUAGGAAUGUCUGAAGCCUGCCUGCAUAGGAAGAGCCAUGCAGAGAGGCGCAGCACACUGAAGAAUGAGCAAUCCUCACCACACCUCAUUCAGGCCGCUUGGACAAACUCCAUCUUCCAUCUGGACCAUGACGAUGUGAACGAUCAGAGCGUCUCCAGCGCCCAGACCUUCCAAACAGAGGAGAAGAAAUGUAAAGGGUACAUCCCCAGCUACUUAGACAAAGACGAGCUUUGUGUUGUGUGCGGGGACAAGGCUACAGGAUAUCACUACCGCUGCAUCACCUGUGAAGGCUGUAAGGGUUUCUUUAGAAGAACCAUUCAGAAAAAUCUCCAUCCAUCCUAUUCCUGCAAAUAUGAAGGAAAAUGUGUCAUAGACAAAGUCACUCGAAAUCAGUGCCAGGAAUGUCGCUUUAAGAAAUGCAUCUAUGUUGGCAUGGCAACGGAUUUGGUGCUGGAUGACAGCAAGAGGCUGGCCAAGAGGAAGCUGAUAGAGGAGAACCGGGAGAAGAGGCGGCGGGAGGAGUUGCAGAAAUCCAUAGGGCACAAGCCCGAGCCCACAGAUGAGGAGUGGGAGCUCAUCAAGACCGUGACUGAAGCACACGUGGCCACCAAUGCCCAGGGCAGCCACUGGAAGCAGAAACGGAAAUUUCUGCCAGAAGACAUUGGACAAGCACCAAUAGUAAACGCCCCAGAAGGCGGGAAGGUGGACUUGGAAGCCUUCAGCCAUUUUACAAAAAUCAUCACACCAGCGAUCACCAGAGUGGUGGAUUUUGCCAAAAAGUUGCCUAUGUUUUGUGAGCUGCCAUGCGAAGACCAGAUCAUCCUCCUCAAAGGCUGCUGCAUGGAGAUCAUGUCCCUCCGAGCCGCUGUGCGCUAUGACCCAGAAAGUGAGACUUUAACCUUGAAUGGGGAAAUGGCCGUGACACGGGGCCAGCUGAAAAACGGAGGUCUUGGGGUGGUGUCAGAUGCCAUCUUCGACCUGGGCAUGUCUCUGUCGUCUUUCAAUCUGGAUGAUACGGAAGUCGCCCUUCUUCAGGCCGUCCUGCUGAUGUCCUCAGAUCGCCCAGGGUUGGCCUGUGUGGAGAGAAUAGAGAAAUACCAAGACAGUUUCCUGCUGGCCUUUGAACACUAUAUCAAUUACCGAAAACACCACGUGACACACUUUUGGCCAAAACUCCUGAUGAAAGUGACAGACCUGCGGAUGAUUGGAGCCUGCCACGCCAGCCGUUUCCUCCACAUGAAGGUGGAAUGCCCCACAGAGCUCUUCCCCCCUUUGUUCUUGGAAGUGUUCGAGGAUUAGACUGGAUUCAUUCUCAUAAUUCCUACAGCACUGCUGGGUGUCAUUUCAUUCCAUUGCCUAAGCUCUCUGUUUGUUUCCUUGUUUCUUUGUGUCUGGAGGGAGUGUGUGAGGGGAAGGGAGAAGUCCUGGCCUAGACAUGGAUGAAAUUGCCCCUCAAAUGCGGGUACUUGUCACUAUUGCAUUUAGUUCUCCUGUCCUUGGAUGUGAAUGCUUUGAAGGUUUCACAGCAGUGGCAGUAGAGGUGGGGUGGGGAACGACCAUUUCACCAGCAUUAAGCCAUCACCAGCUCCCACCUGUCCCUAGUCAGAGACCUGAGCAAGAAGAAAAGCACUGCAGAAGACUAAAGAAGCCUUAAAACCAAGACAAUCUAGUUUAGUCUAAUCCAAUCCUGAUUCUUUUUCAGGGCUCAAGUUAACAAACAGAAAUCACCCACUAUUAGUUAGAUGUGACCUGUAGCUUUUCAGGGGAAGAUUCAAACUAAUUUUCACUCUUCGGGAGCGUGUUGCUUUCGGUAUUCUUCUUCCCUCCUAGCCACAUAACUUAGAAUGCAUAGGAAUAUUUGCAUCCUGACAUAUCAGCCAUCCUUUCAAUAUCAUUUUUGAAACUUUUAUGAUUCAAGUUGCACAAGGGAGUGUCUCUAAGGUGUGCAGGAAUUUGACUGGUUGGGGCCACAGGAAAAUAACUUUUUUCAGUGAGCCCCUCCCCCAAAUUAGGAAUCUUUACCAAUGUCAGUGACUCUGUAGUUUCCAAACCUUCUCCUCACAGCAGGAAAACUUCAGGAAGACUUGUCCGAUGAGUUUAGGCUCCCAGGACAUUCCUACAGAAAUCAGACCUACUUAUAGGGAAGUAUCACCACUCAAUUGCAUCUGAUUUGUCUUCUGAAGUUACUUGUCCAAGCUGCAUUAUUGCUGAGCUAACAGAAGAUUUCUUCUCUGUGGAUCAAGUCUUCUAAUCAAGGAGCAAAUGCAGAGUUGAACUCUGGGGUCUCGUUGGGAUGAAUUCUGGGGAGAGGUUAGUGUAGUUGCAUCUGAAAUUGAAGGAAAUGCAGGGUUCCUGUACCGUAGUUGGAUGAUACUGCCUUCUGUUCUUAGACCCACAAGCCCUUUGCUUUAUUCACAAAUAUUUCCUAGUCUCCUUUUCCAUCAAUUCUGAGGCACUAAAUAGCUCAACUCUUUAAGCUAUUUGGCAACUCUCCUUGUCAAUGAAUCUCCCAUUCUUUCAAUAACAUUACCCUGACAGAUACUCAACAGAAAACUCCUGUGGACCACUGGUGGGAACACUCUUAACCUCCAUACCCAACUCACCCCUCCAAUGACCAAUGAGAGUAGCUGUGCCCAGAAAACAAAUGGUAACACAUCAUCACUUUAACACCAGACAAUUGGCAAAGAAUGUACCCAUGCAAUUGAAUGUAUCUCCUUCUUCACCGGCAUAGUAGAUAUGAACUAUUCCUUGCCUGCCUUUUACUGCCUUAUCCUGGAAAUAUUGGGGAAAAUAAGCCAUAUCAGUGAAAUUUACCUAAAAGGAAUGAAAGUCACUGUGAAAACCAAGUGGAAAAUUUAAUUUCAGGUUUGGUGGAGCAUAACUGGAGAAAUCAGAGUGCCUGAGUUCUAGUUUAUGCUCUGUCAGCUGGUAGAUUCGGGACCUCAGGUCUUGGGGUUUUGGGUUUGUUUUUGUUUUUUUUUUUUUAAUCUGAAUAAGGUAUGAUCUCCAAAAGCCUCCUGAUCCUCAAUAUUGUAUAAAAUUAUGUAAGGGACAUAGGGUUCUUUUGAUGAUUUCUUUCCUUUUCAAACUUCUAGCUUAUUACACAAAAAAAUAGGGCCCAUUAGCAGUUAAGAUAUUAAUUCAAAGUAAGAAUGACACAAUUCUAGUUCACUCUUUUGAGGAAGGCAGAAUGGCCUUGUAAAAAGGAACAGCACUGAAAAUCCCAAGUACGAUUGGAAACAAUGGGGGAGGGUGGCGGGGAGGGGAAAUGUUUGAUGCACUAAAUCAACUACACUGGCUUCUGGAGGAAAGGAAACAAGAAAAGCAAUGUGAAGGGAUUAAAAUGGUAAGCAUGAAGUUCAUCGCCAGAUUGCCUGCUUUGAGUACCUACAGACCACUGGCUUCAUUUUUUGUCCCGCAGGCUCCUUACUUGCUCAGAGACCAUAUUGGCUCCCUCUAUUCACUCUCCUGAGGGAACUCUGAAAAACAAGCACUCAGCACUCUCUAGGGAAUGGAAAUAGUUUACUGUGGGAGACAAAUUUUCCUCCCAAAGGGAAAGGGGGGCAAGCAGGUGAGUUGCUGAGCAAGCUCAGAAACUCCAUCAGGGUUGCUCAGGAAAGUUGCUUCAUUGAUUUGGCUGGUCUCCUAGAACAUUAGGCACCCAUCUCAGUGCACAGCCUGAUCUCAAAGCAACAUCACGAUGUUCUGAGGAUGUAACCACUGCUGACCCCUGGCCAGAUAGCUGGCACAUUAGAUCUAUACCAGCCAGCCAGCCAGCCAGCCCCAACCCAAGUCUGAUCCUCAGCUCCUUAAGUGACUGCUUUAAACAGGCAAACCACUGGUCUAGAAGCCUUGUUGAAGGCUGAAUACUUCGUGCUGGGUAGAACAAACCUGAGGGUGCUUCCAAUUGAAAGGAAAACGUGUUCAGGACUCUAAGAAUCCUGAUGGAUGGAGAGAUUAAACUCAUUCCUUCUGAAGCUGGUUGGGAUACUUAGUGCAUCUUAAGAUUCCCUCUUAUAAAACGCAAUUAGAUUGAGGUAUUUGUUCUGAUUUUAUUUUUUUCCUUACCACUGUUCAGACUUUCAAAUCAAGUGUGGACCAUAGUGGGGAGUCAUAGCUUCCCGCCGAGGAAAGCACAGCCAUCGUUCUGGGGUUCUUCUUUAGAAAUCACUCAUUUGUAGGGAUGCGUAGGGGUGGGUACACACACUCUGCCUGUGUGUGUAUGCACAGACACGUGUGAACAGGUGUGUUUGUACACUCAGGUGUACCUUGCUCUUCAACUUAGAUGUGAAGAACUUCUAGAAUCUAAACCAAGCUCUUUCCUUCUUUACGAUUCUGCUGAAAAACAUCACGUGCGGCCUCACAGCUUUUUCUAGUCACAAUCUUCAAUGACGCGCCUGACAUGUUGCCACCUCAGCCCAGCGCUGCCGCCACCUGUGCCCUAAGUGUCACCAACUUGGUCUGCAGCUCAAUCCUGAGAGGGGGCUGCCUGGCCCAGCUCUGCUCUGUGACAGGUGUAUUGGCCUUGGCCUCCCUCCACACAGCUCCCCCAGCCCCCACUCCCAGACUCAGCCUCGUGGCCCUGCUGAGCCCCUCAGAGCAUGACAUUGUCGUGAGACAUCUCUAUUCUGUGGAACUCUUAACCUGUUUGUGUCAUAUUGACCAUUUGCUGCAUGAGUCAUAAAUGAUGAAAUCAGUCUUAUCAUGGUUUUUUUGAAAUGUAGCCAGCGUUUGUAAGGUUAAACCUUUUUCUCAUGAACUUAAUUUAAGUGAAUAACCAAGCCACAGUUCCUCCUUAAAAGGAGAGUUGGCAGACAUUCGAAUCUCUGCCCUUUCUAAUGGUGAUGGCAUCAGGUUCUAAAAUAAGCUCAUAAUUUUCCUGUUAUUUUAAUAAUAUGAAAAUAUUAGCAUUAGUGCUUCUUUUAAUAGUGACAGGCUAUAAUCCAUAUGUAAAUUUUAUAGAGAAGAAAUUUUAUUGUACUGUGAUGUAGAUAUUUAUUAUCCAGGUAAGGAUUUGCCCGGUGUGUAUUUUUUACAAUUGAAAUGUUUCACUUUAAUCUUUAAAAAAAAAAUACAUUAAAAAAAACAGACUAGGGAGAGGGAAAAAAAAGGUUUGGCCUUAUUACAGAAUUUUUACUGUGCUGUAUAAAUAUUUGCAGAUGCAAAAAGUGUGCAUUUCUAGUGUGUUUCCACAUUAACUAAUGCCGCCUUCAAGAGCAAUACCGUGCAGGUAAAAUGCUGUUUGUGGCUUUCUGUUGCUCAGCUCAAACUGAUUCCCCUUAUGCACAAGACAAUCAGAAGUCAGCCUGUACUCCUCAGGGCACAGGUAGCGCUCACAUAGGCUAUGGAGCACAACGUAAGACAGGAGACACUGUUGCAUGCAUUCUGGAUACAGUCACUAUCAGGGCAUGAUGAGCUGACAUGACUUACACCAUCUCUUUCUUUUGGAUCUUUCUUAUGAACCCAACAUCUUUAAUGUGAUUAUAGAGCCAAAUUCGUUCUCCACACUUUCUUCAGACUUCUCUGAAGCCUGAGACAUUCCUCCACCCCAUAAGGUUCUCAUGCCCUGGAAAAAAAAAGAUCAGAAAAAAAAAUGCUACAGAAGAGAGAGGUUUACAAUCUUUGGAAGAUGUGUAUUUUGUAAACAGUGUCAAGUGAUCAAGUGAUACUGCUAGGUUGGUUAUAGAUAUUUUUUUCAGCCUAAAAUUCUGUUGAAAUCUGUGAUCAAAAUGUUUUAAACUAUCCAAAAAGAAAAUUUGUAUAUUUGGGGAAAAAAUGGAUUUUUACCUAGCUUUUGUAUGCAGAUAUUAAAUUGUAAUUAUGAACAUAGUGGGCAUAGAUAAACUCAUAAGCUUCAAUUCUACA